CGCCAGUGCCGGUGGCUGGCCUCACCGCCGCCCUAGGUCGUGGUCUCGUUGUUGCUCCUGAGGUUUCAGCAUUCAUGAUGAACUUACUUCAGGUUGUGCGUGACCACUGGGUACGUAUACUUGUCCCUGUGGGAUUUGUCGUUGGAUGUUACCUAGACAGAAAGAAUGAUGAAAAGCUCAUUGCCUUCCGGAACAAGAGUCUGUUAUAUAAAAGGGAAUUAAAACCCAGUGAAGAAGUCCCCUGGAAGUAAAGGCUGCUGCUGAAUUAUAGAAUGUUCACAGUUUUUAAAUUAUAAGAGAAAUAAAAACACAUUCAAUACUUAAUUUGAAAAAAAAAAAAAAAAAAAAAA